AUGUCUUGGAAUUCAAAAAGUGAUGAAAUACUUAUCGAACUCACUCGGCAUAAAAUAGAUAUAUGCGCGAUUUCCGAAACCAAAAAGAAAGGGAAAGGUUCAGGUAGUUAUGGCGACUACAUUCUGCUGUAUAGUGGUAAAGAUAAAAAUGACAGAGCAAAAUCAGGCGUUGGAAUCCUAAUUCACAAAAAAUUUGAGAACAGCAUCAGUGACGUUAAAUACGUAAAUGAUAGACUGCUGAUGGUAACCCUAAAUUAUGGUAAAUCAAUUUUACACCUUAUAAGUACCUAUGCACGCGAUAUAAACAAACCGGCACAGGAGAUCGACGAUUUCUAUUGCAAAAUGCAAAACUUAGCUGACUCCAUAAGGGCGGAUGAGAAGUUGAUAUUACUAGGCGAUUUCAACGCAAGAAUCGGUGAUAACGUUAUCAGCGGCAUAAAACAACGAUUCAAUGAGAAUGUGAUCAAUGAAAAUGGCGAAAAGCUAAUAGAAUUUUUCUCUCAAAAUCUACUACGAAUCAACAACACAUUCUUCAAUCAUAAAUUGCAACACAAAUAUACAUGGUCAAACACUCGUGGUCAACAGUCGAUGAUAGAUUUUAUAAUUACCAAUCGAGAAUGCAUACCAACACAAAUACUCGACGUUCGGACAUUAACAUCACCAAACAUUGGGUCUGAUCAUGGGCUAGUGCUAAUGAAAUUCUCAGAAAAAAUAUCUUGGCAAAAAUCAAAACCGCCAGAAUAUAAAGAGAAGUUCAACAUCGAGUCACUGAUAAACGAUAGCACGAAAACCUUGUAUGAAAAUCGAUUGAAUAAUAAAAUAGCUGCGAAUUCGAUAGCGGAAUUCGAUAAUAGUGAACAAGCUUGGAAAAAACUAUCAGCAAAUAUUAUCAAUGCAGCGAAAGAGGCACUUGGAACCAGGAAAGUUAAUAUCCAUGCAAAAAAUAACAAAACUCCAUGGUUCACAAUCGAAGUGAAAACAAUUUGUGCAGAAAAAAGAAAAGCCUACCUAAAAUACAGGAGCGAGAGAUCCAGGGAAACAUAUCGAGCGUACAUAGCAAUAAGAAACAGAACUAACCAGAGAGAAAAGAAAAUAAAAGAAGAGUACUAG